AUGUCCUGCCAGCAGAACCAGCAGCAGUGCCAGCCCCCUCCCAAGUGCCCUACACCCAAGUGUCCCACACCCAAGUGCCCCCCCAAGAGCCCAGUGCAGUGCUUGCCUCCGGCCUCCUCGGGCUGUGCGCUCAGCUCCGGGGGCUGCCAUGGCCCCAGCUCUGGGACUGGCUGCUGCCUGAGCUCCCACAGGUCCCAUGGGUGCAGGCGCCAGAGCUCUGGCUCCUGUGGUGCUAGUGGGCAGCAGUCGGGGGGCUCUGGCUGUGGCCGCGGCUCAGGGGGCUGCUGCUGA